AUGGAAGCUAUUCCUCGUGAGAGACCAAAACAAGAGUUUGAUUCUAGUGGGCGGUUGCUUAUCGAUGGUGGUGUUUUGGAAGGGGGGGGACAAAUCUUGCGCAAUGCUGCAGCGUUAUCCUGUAUUUUGGGCAUCCCCAUACAUGUGACCAACAUUCGAGCAGGGAGAGACAACCCAGGGCUGAGGCCACAGCAUUUAUCAGGCUUGGAAUUGAUUGCCAAGUUGUGCGGAGGGAAGCUGGAGAAAUGUGCCGUAGGCUCUUGUGAGAUCACACUAGAUCCAGGCCCUAUUCUGUCUGGAGAAUUUGUGGCGGACACCAAAACUGCAGGAAGUAUCUGUCUGCUGAUGCAAGCUGCACUCCCAUGUCUCUUGUUUAGUGCCAGUGAGUGUUCCCUGCGACUCAAGGGUGGUACCAACUGCGACAUGGCACCUCAGAUUGACUACACCGCAAUGGUGUUUAAGCCAGUUGCUGAGAAAUUUGGAAUGCGUUUUGAUGUAGACAUCAGAAGAAGAGGUUAUUAUCCUAAAGGUGGUGGAGAAGUCGUAGUAACAUCUUACCCCACACCUGGUCUUAUUGGUGUUAAAGAUGGUUUAACAGUGCGGGGGGAAUUGGUUCGAAUCUACAGCAGGGCCUUUGUUGCUGGGAGUCUACCACCACAUCUACCCACCAAGAUAUCUCAGAGCAUCAGCAAGUUGGUCAAACAAAACUUUCCCAAAGUAGAGCUCAAACAAGACAGUCUGAAGGAGCCAGAAGGAACUGCUGUUGGAAAUGGACUGGGUGCGAUAAUUGUGGCUGAGACCAGCACCGGUUGUGUCCUAGGUGGAUCAGCACUAGGGAAACCAAGGACUCCUGCUGAAGAAGCAGGCACUGCUGCUGCCAAAGAGUUGCUGGAGGCACUGCAUUCAGGAGGCUGCGUGGAUCAGCAUGCACAAGACCAGUUGAUUCUCCUGAUGACUCUGGCUAAAGGACAGUCCCAGAUGCUUUGUGGACCUCUGACCCUUCACACACAGACAGCCAUUCAUGUCUCCAGGUUGAUGACUAAAGCAGAAUUCACAGUGGAAGAGAUGGACAAAGGUAGAGUCCUGCUGACCUGUGAAGGGAUCGGUCAUGUCAACCCGUACCUGUCUGCAGACUCCUGA